AUGGCUCAAAGGACAGGCAAAAGAAGCAGGCUACUUUCUGCAGCCUGUCGGCAACAAGGUAUCUGCACUGUCCGAUUUGCUGUUUUCCCAGAUGCAGAGUUGGAGGACUAUGUAGUGGUAACCUUCUCACAGUUCUUCCCAGAAUACCUGAAAUCUCCUCCUCCUCCUCCUCAAGCCCAGGCAAACCCUCCUCUGCAGGCCCCCGAGCAUGGUGCCUCUGAAAUUGUCAAACCUCAGGUCCCACCAGCGCCAGGGGGGAAACAGGUGGUGAGACACUGGAACAGAGCAGCUGUGGCUGCCCCAUCCCUUGAAGAGUUCAAGGCAAGGCUGGACAGGACUUUCAGCAAUGUGGACACCGCCGUGCCGCAGACCCCUGCCAAGCACGGACUACAACUCCCAGGGUGCUUUGCAAAGGAGCGUUGCUGGGGAACGACUCCCGGGAAGGCUGACUGCACAACUCUCGCGGGAGAAUGGGCGGCCGCAGCUGGCAUCUCUCUCGCGAGAGUUGGGCGCGGCGUCAUGGCGGCGGCGGUGGGGCUGUUCGAGCUGGAGGUGCUGGUGGAGGCGGUGCGGGUGGCGGCGCCGGGCCCCGUGCUGAGCCCCGCCGUAGCGCUGCGCCUCUUGGAGUUCCCCACCCUCCUGCUGCGCCCCGCCGCCGCCGCGCCGCCCCUGCGGCCGGGGCGGGCCUUCCCCUUCGGCCGCGGCAAGCGCUGCCUCUUCCGCUGGCGCCGGGGCUCGCUCUGCGCCGCGCUCCGCCGCCGCCCGCUCCGCGUCCUGCUCCUGGCGCUGCCCGCCGGGCUCGGCCCGGGGCCCUCCCGCCUCCUCGGCACCUGCGGCGUUUCCCUGGCCCCCGCCGCCGCUGAGCUGCUGCAGCGGCCCGGGGCGCCUGCCUCCUGCGGCCGCCGCGGCCGCUUCCCGUUGCGGGACGCUGCGGGCCGCCCCGUCGGGGAGCUGGUCCUGGGCUACCGGCUCAGCAGCUUGGAGGCCGGUGAGGAGCCGUCCCCGCCGAGCCCCGUUGGCCCCCGCGCUGCCACGCUGCCUGCCACGUCCCCUGAGCCGGGGAGCGAGGAGGAGGAGGAGCUGGAGGGCAACAUCUUUUGCCCUCCUGUGCUCUAUUACAGCCAUGAGCCUGCUAAGCCUCAUCUGCCGCCAGCAGCAGCGGCUGCAGGGCAGUGGGAACGUGUCGAGGCCUGUGGACCACAGGAGAAAGACAAGGGCCAAAGCCCACCACGUCCCAGUGCUGGGCCCUCGUUGCUGCACCCGGCCAGCCCUCCACAGCUUUGCAACAUCCUGGGGCAGCUGCCGGUGCUCAGUGCCUUGCUGGCAGAGCUGUCAGUGCUCACCCACAGUGCUAUGCCUGCUGCUGUGCACCCCCCUCCUCUCUGGCUCUACAGGGCCCCAGGGAGCAAUGGCAUGGCCUCACAAGCUCUCAGCCCCAGCCACUCUUCUGCCCUCAAGCCUGCAGAGGCACCUGUGGGGCCUGGUGGGAGCACUGGAGCUGCCAGCCCUCAACUCAAGCAAGGCCAUCAGGAGGCCCCCUCAGCAGCAUCUUGUCAGGCUGGGAGAUCUACGAAAGCUGUACCCCAGGUGGAGAUGGGCUCUGAAAGGAACUGUGGAACUAAGGAAAACAGACCUCCCAGAAAGAAAUUAUUGUAUGGGCUGACAAAUACACUGAGGCUACGGCUACAACAAACCAACCCUGAUAAAUUGGUAAUUCAUGAAAAGAGAGAGCAGUACAGAAAAAAGCAAAUGGAGAUGAUGAAGAGAAGCCCUUUAUCCAAAAGAAAGCUGCUCAGAAGUGCUGGAGAGCAGCAUGUGGUUUCUUCCAGGCACUGUAGCAAGGGAGACAGUUCAAAGCGGAAUAAUCAGUUUGAUAAAGCUGUUCAGACUUCAUUACGAAACAGUGGUCUCCCAGAGUCCAUUUCUGUGACAGAAGAUGUGUCCUCUGACCUGCAGAAACAAGCUAUUGCAAGUCCAUUGAAGAAUGAUGAAAUUGCAAGCAAGGAACGUCCAUGCAAAGUGUCUACAGCCCCUUUACUGGAGGAAACUCUAUUAAAAUCUGCUCACAAGGAAAAGCAUGUAAAAGCCCAACUCCCAGCAGCUUUCCCAUCACAUGCUAAUGCAAAGGAAAGUAAUGAGGAAGCAAUACACUUAAUCCAUCAUAAAACAAUGGAGCAUGAUAACACAUCUGUUACAAGUGAUCAUAAACCAAGUCCCAGAAGGAGUGCUGGAGACAACUCUGAAUGCAUUUACUCAGAUGACUUUGUUACUAGUCCUGAGAACACAGUUUAUUCAGAAGAGUUCACCAGUGCUGAGUGUACGGACAGGGACUCGGAAGCUUAUGACAGUAGUCAACCUCUGUGGCUUGAAAGCCCAAAGCAAGGUUGCUCAGAUACGGAGCCGGAAUCCAGCAGGUCCAGAAUUUCAAAGACAAGUCAAAGAGCUGAAAGCACUUCAGAUCUUCUGCCAGUUCCUUCAGCUUUAUCUCCAGUCCAGUCUUUGAAGAGAAACCGUGACUUAAAAAUCAGCGAGAGAACUAGUGGCGAAUCUGUUGAUUCACUUAACCUUGUUUGAACAGAAGCAUUGUUAUUAGAUGGAGAGCAGGAAGCCCGAUAGAUCAGUGUCACACUAAAAGGGGGUUUUCCUUGAACCCUUUAUAUUUGAUCCACCUGUCAGUGUCCCAGGAAGGAUGGGUA